CGGCUUCCCGCCACCGGUCGAGACCUCCGACGACCUAGGAGAUCGGCGUCAGUGUCAGCGAAUCUAGCUCCACGCCCUCGGCACCCUUCCCGCCGUCGACCGAGCACCCAAGAACAAGAACGCCCACGACCUCCAGAUCGGCCUCGAUCGCAAUGGGGCGCGGCGGGGCCCGCGCAGAGCCGGGGGACGAGGCUGCGGCGGGGGAGGACCCUGGGGAGGACCCGGAGGGGGACGAAUACGGCUUCGCCGGCUUCAACGAGGAGGCGCUGCGGCCGAACCGCAUGCUCCAGGGAGGGCGCAGGGUCCCGGCUGCAGAGGCGAAACAUGCUAAUAGAAGGCAUCGACCUCGUUCAAGGUCCAUUUCUGCUAUCAUGGCAUCGAGUAGUGAACAGAACAUCAAUUCUGGAUCAUUUUCUGGAACUGAUCUAUCCAAGAAAAGACUGAAGGAGAGUGUUUCUCAAACACCGGAGCUAUCAGAAAGGACCAUUAAAAUUGUGUAUAAAAGGAAAAGGUUGGCUGAUAAAAAAGUUGGAGGCAGCAAGCUUGCAGCUACGGAUGAAGAAUCCACUGAACUGAACAACGACGAUGACAAAGGCGAUGGUACGGGCAAGGCGGUUCAUCAAGAAUACACGUGUUUGGCAGAAUCAUUGGCUAUCGAGAAUCUUCCAUUCAUGAAGACCUCCUCGAUGUGGGAGUACCUUGAAUCAAUGGAAGUUUUCCGUAACAUACCGCAGCGGCCAAAUUUUUCUAAGUUUCAGCAGCAUGUUCCAGAGCUUCGUGAAGGCAUGGCAUUGGGUUUGAUGAUCUCUUUCACCAGUCUGGCAGACAACAUAAAGAGGCUGAGUAUUCACGAUGAUGAUGCACUUUUUCAAGAAAAGAUGAAGGGACUUUCAUCGUUGGAGGCUGAUGGUUUCGAUGUCAGGCGCCUGCGAUCAUGAGUGGAAACACUGCUGCACAUAAGGAAUGGCCAUGCCAGAUUGCCAGGCGCUGUUAAAGACUUGAAGAAGAAGAUUUCUCACAAAGAAACUGUUUAUAGGCACCUGGGCGCCCAAAUUGUUACUCAAAAUAUGACUGUCCGUCAGCAUGAACUGCAGGCUUAUCUCUUCCGCUCCAUUAUGAAGUCUGCUAUUUCAGAGAAGAUGAACUAUGCUUCAGAGAUUUUAGGGUUGAAAACAGAAGCUGACCGGCUUAAGAGGUCAUGUCUGUCCAUGGAGGAGCACUUCAGUAGUUCUACCGCAGCACCGUGGACCGUGGUAAAUCCUCCAUGAACUGGGUAGCUGUCAGUUUUCCGAGUGGGCUGUGUGAGGUUUGAGCUAAUUCAUGCUCUAAGUAGCAUUAUAGGAGCCCGAAUUUAGAACUCUCAUGUCAGUUCUAAAGGUAUAUAUAUCCAUGUGCCUGCCACUCCAUUUUUGGCACACAAUGAUCACUGAUCAUUGUUUGUCUGUUAAGCCACUUUGACUCAAACUCCAGCUGCCUGCUCCUGUAUGUUCUUGCGUUCAGAAUAUGCAUUUUCCAAGCCCACCUUUUCUUGAGUGAUGACGUGUUCUUCUUCUUAUGCCCCAGCUAUUGCAUAUGAUCUAGAUAUUUAGAGCAGUUAUAGGUGAUGCUUUUGUAUUUGUAAAAUCAUAUUGUUUUUUAUGUUUUACUUUUCUGUUCUUUUGUUACAUAUGCUGCUAAAUACUAGAUGUUAAAUAGAACAUAUUGUAGCAAUGUAGAGCUUGCAAUUUAGCCACCUAUUGCAGGAAACUAGCCUGCGGAGGACCUGUGCUCCCUUCUGACAAUGUUUAAAUU